AUGUUCCUGCUCGAAGCCGGAGGAAAAGAUAAAUUACUGUAUCAUGAUUAUAAGAAAUAUGGCCCCGAAGAAAAGAGCGGUGUUUUUAAUAAGGCAGUAUUCUGGUGGCUCAAAGAUCUUUUGAUUCGAGGACGAAAGAACAUUUUAGCGCUUGGGGAUCUUUAUCCACUUAAUGAGGAUCUUUCAACUGGAAACCUUUUGCCUAAAUUCCAAACUGCUUGGGAACGAGCAGGAGAGAAGGCCGGUAGAUACCGUGCUCUUUAUGCGACAUUCAGGGCCCUCCUAGGUUCAAUACUCGUAACAAUGAUCCCACGAGUCUGUCUAAUUGGCUUCAACUUUUGUCAACCACUUCUAAUACGUCGAUUUACUAAAUACCUACAACAACCUGUUACCGAAAAUACGACAAACCAAGGUUAUGGUCUUAUCGGAGCUUACGGUAAUGCUUUAUUCCUCCAUACUGAACGUAUUAUGUAUGCACUAAGACAGAUGCAUGAAGUAUGGGCCAACAUUAUCGAGGUAGGCUUGGCAAGCUGGCUCUUAUACACACAAGUCGGUUUUGCUUGCUUUGCUCCUUUGGUCAUCGCUGCAGGUUGUGGUACUGCUUCAUUCUGGCUCAGUUCUCGAGCAAAUAUCCACCAACGCGAGUGGAUGUCUGUCAUACAACAACGAGUGGCUACAACAGCGGCCACAUUCUCAGCAAUAAAAGGAGUCAAAAUGUUGGGUCUAACGGAAAAGCUUUUCAAAACAAUUCACGCUCUAAGACUCACCGAACUCAAAUCGGCGAAAGCGUUUCGACAAGUGGAAGUUAUUACCGCUUUCUUCGCUUUCUUACCCGAAAUGAUUUCUCCAGUCGUCACUUUCGCUAUAUUCAUUAAUGUAGCCAACCAUGGUAAUGGAGCAUUCGCCUCAACAGUAGUUUAUACAUCUAUAUCAACACUUUUGCUCGAAACACAACCAUUGACACAACUAUUUCAAGUCAUCCCUCAACUUGCAGCAGCCAUUAGUUCCUUCGGCCACAAGCGCGAAAAUAUUGGCUUUAAUGCCUCUGCGAGGAGUGAGACUUUCAUGGCAAACACUGAAGAUAUUCCACUAGACGAUUUGGACCUCUCCCGAGAAACAAAAUCAUCUAAUCUUUUGAGCCUUACUACCACGUCAUUACCCAAUAAAGUCAGCAUUAAAAUUCAAGGAGGCGCAUUUGGUUGGAUAGAAAACCACCACACCCUUCAUGACAUAGACAUCGAAUUCCCAAAAGCACAACUUACUAUGGUGAUUGGACCAGUAGCUUCUGGAAAGUCAACUCUAUGCAAUGCCAUUCUGGGAGAAAUUCCAUUUUCCGAAGGCAUCAUACAACUCUCAUCGUCUCAAAUAGCACUUUGCGACCAGACUCCAUUUUUGACCAACGCCACACUACGAGAAAAUAUCAUUGGAUCUUCAGUUUUUGAUAGUUUAUGGUACGAUAGUGUCAUAAAUGCUGUAUCACUGAGCCACGAUCUUAACAUCUUACCAUCCGGAGACCAAACCCUAGUCGGCGCCAAUGGACUGGGCUUAAGUGGAGGCCAGAAACAAAGAGUAUCAAUUGCGAGAGCAGUUUAUGCGAGAAAUGACAUCGCUAUUUUUGACGAUGUUUUCAACGGCCUCGAUGCGACUACCAAACAACGUGUUUUCAACGGUGUCUUUAGCUCUAAUGGACUGCUUUGUCGGAAACCAACCACCAUAGUGCUUUUCACAAAUGAUGUAGAUCUCAUACACUUUGCCGACCACGUCGUCGCUCUUGGAACUAAUGGAACUGUUAUUGAGCAAGGAAGUCCACAAUUGCUUCUUAGUAGACAAGGAUACACUCAGCGCUUAGUAACAUCCAACUUGAAGGUCGUGGAAAGUAAUUCGGAAGCAAAUGCUGAAGCUCCUACCGCUCCAGAUGCAACUGUUGAGUCGACUGAGCAGGCAGUCAAUGUUUCAGCUGUCACUACUGAAGGAAACAAUAAUACCGAUUUUUCGGUCUAUUGGUAUUACUUUACAUCUAUCGGGCUUCUCAACAUGAUCCCUUAUCUAUUUUUUGCAGCGUCCUUUGGCUUUUUCUACAACUUCCCACUUGUCUGGCUAAGCUGGUGGUCAGAAGCAAACGACAAGAACACAAUGUAUCUGACAGUAUACACUGCUUUGGUCUUUAUGAUGAUUGGACAGGCAAUAAUCAUUGCUGUUGCAUCGCCAUACCUAGCAAUCUCGUAUCCCGUGUUAUGUGCAAUUCUUUACUAUAUCCAGAAAUUUUACCUCAGAACUUCCCGUCAACUUCGUUUACUGGAACUAGACGCAAAGUCGCCAUUGUAUACUCAUUUCCUCGAAACUCUCCGUGGACUUCGAACAAUAAGAGCUUUUAAUUGGACGGCAAUCAACCAGGAACUCAAUUCUAAGCUUCUAGAUACAUCUCAAAGCCCGGUAUACCUUCUCUUCAUGGUUCAACAAUGGCUGGCUGUCAUUUUAAACCUGGUGACUACAGCCAUCGUAAUUAUUUUGGUCGGUGUUGCAACCGUCACUCGUUCUCAUCACAGUUAUAUUGGUCUCGCGCUCGUAAACUUGAUGUCGUUCAAUACUAUUCUAAAACAGAUCGUGAUACUUUGGACCACGCUGGAAACUUCCAUCGGUAGCGUCUCGAGAAUUAAAACGUUUGGUGAAACGACAGAGUCGGAAAACGAAACUUCGUCUCAAGAAAUGAUAAUAGCGAGUGAGGAUUGGCCACAAAAUGGCAGUGUUGAGUUUAUAAAUGCUUGGGCUACUUACAACAACCCAGUAUUGAAAAAUGUAGAACUCUCCAUCAAACCCGGAGAAAAAAUUGGAAUCUGUGGAAAAAGUGGCAGUGGCAAAAGUUCCCUCACCCUUACCUUAUUCCGCAUGCUCGAUCUAUCACACGGCAGCAUCACCAUCGACAAUAUCGACAUCAGUCUUCUCCCCCGAGAAAAAGUCCGCGCUCAUCUAAACGCCAUACCACAGGAGCCAUUUUUCCUCAAAGGAACAUUCCGGGAGAAUCUCGAUCCGCACCAGGUAUCCAACGACGCAUCUCUAAUGAAAGCAUUAAAAAUGGUAUCGUUAGAAUCUAUCAUCCCACGAACUGGUAACUUGGAUAGUGAAAUGGACGCCGAGAUUUUGAGUCAUGGACAACGACAACUUUUUUGUCUUGCGCGUGCGAUUGUGAGACCGGCGAGGAUUUUAAUUAUGGAUGAGGCUACUAGCAAGUAUGUUGUUUCUUUAUAUCUUUAUGUAUUCACAUAUCCACAAACACCCAACUACUCCCCAUCCUCCCCAAACCCACCCUCCUCUCAACAAACCCCAAACUUAUAA